GUGUUCUCAAGCCUUUCGCCCCCUGCCCCUUGCUGCAGCCCUUUUGCCUUCGCUUCACUAUUUUAUUACUCGCUUGUAGAAUUAGCAGCUUUUCCCCCCCUCUGCCAACGUGCAUUUCGCAGACAGCAAACCCCUCUCUCCCUUCCACUCGUUCCCUUUGCUUCUUUAUUAACAGCGUGUUGCGUGCUCGAGAGCCACUAAACAAAUGCCGACUAUUGUACAGCGCGUAGCUUCUGUGGCUAAUCUGAACGAAUUCUCUGUCAAUCCCAAUUCGCACUGGGUCAAUCACAAAGGCUCGUGGACAACCAACAUUGUGAUUAUUAUCGUCUUCCGGUUUGUAUUUGGCGUUAUUCCAUGGUCAACGCCGGAGCUGAGCUGGACACUGACGAAUCUGUCAUACUGCCUAUUCCAGUACCUGAUGUUCCAUGGCAUCAUCGGCACGCCAUUCGAGGUCAACCAGGGCGAGUACGACAACCUGACGCUGUGGGAGCAGAUGGACAACGGCGAACAAUAUACCCCGACAAAAAAGUUCCUGACCGUGGUCCCUAUUAUUGUGUUCCUUAUAAGCACGCACUACACAAACUACGACGUACCGACGUUCAUCAUCAAUUUCACCGCCUUGCUCAUCAUUCUCAUUGCAAAGCUACCGGCGUUCCACCGGGUGCGGUUCUUUGGAAUCAACAUGGGCCAAAGCAGCAUGCAUUGAGUUGUGUCGCAAGCCAUCCAUUUUCCAUUUCCUCCAAUAUUUAAUACUCAAUUUCCAACACUCGUCCUCCAAGUCCACCCUCCACAUCUUACCUUGUUGUCUAUAUUUCAAAUCAAAUAUCUUCUACGAGAUAGGUAUUGUUGAAACACGCACUGGUGGGGAUUGGCAAUUGGUAAUUGGCAAGGGUGCGGGCGGUAUAUGGAAAUUGCCGCAUGCACGCCAUAUACUAGAAAGCUUUGAUGUUGCAUGAUAACAAGUACCAUCGAAUAUAACCACCCCCUUCGUUAGAACCAACAUAAUAGUA